AUGUCCGACGUCGCCGAAGAUGAAGAACUUGAGGCUGGCAACGAGAUCGAGGAGGGGGCUGUUGUCGAGGAUGACGCCGAGCUCGCUGGCGCGGCGCCGUGCAGCGACCGCACGACUAACAAGCCGGUUCGUACGCCUGAGGGGGGCGUGUGGACUCGGGCAGCUGGCAUCGUGGGGGGAUCCCAAAUCAGGAUACGGCAGAGGAUCGGCACCGUCCGGAGGAACGGAAGGAACGUCCCCGUGAUCAGCAACUGGCAGGGCCAGGUCGCCUGGCUG